AUCCCCAAUCCCGAUUUGCUCAAUAAACUACGAAGGAAAGACGAAAGAAAAGAGAGGACCAGGGUCUUCUUCUCGCUGGCUCGUUCGUAAUAGGAGGAAAGAGGCAGAGGCCGAUCGAGAGGCGAGUGCGUGAGAUCCUUCUUUCGUCUCACAAAAAAGGAUUUUGAAACUUGUCUAGGAAUUUGUUAAACAUUUCCUUGGAUAUCUAUGGAAAAGGCAAAGGAAGAACCAUGAGGUUAAAGGCAGUGUCUGCCAGCUAAGGCAACCAUUAACUAUGAGACUUGUGCCCCUGAAGAGACAUCCUUAAGAUCUCAGACUGUUGUUAUUUUCCAACUUAAAUAUCUUACCUUCAAGCAUGAUUAAGCAGAUACUAAACCGGCUCCCAAGGAAACCAUCAAAAUCAUCUGAUAGUUCAGUUGGUGGAUCGGUUCCUCCGACCUCUUCUUCUAGCAGUUCGAGGAGUGGAGAUUUGCAAGGCAAUAGGACCACAAGUCUCAACAGUCAGGUCCCUCCUGGUUCAAAUCCUGGGUCAAAUCAUCUAAAUACAUAUUCUCUAUCUGUUAAUUCGAGAUUGAAUGGGAACUAUGUCCCAAUAUAUGAAGCAUUGCCUAGCUUUAAGGAUGUUCAACAGUCUGAGAGGCAGAGUUUGUUCAUUAGAAAGUUGGACUUGUGUUGUGCUAUAUUUGAUUUCAUUGACCCAACAAAGAACUUGAAAGAGAAAGACAUAAAGCGUCAGACUUUAUUGGAACUUGUUGACUAUGUGACUUCAGCAAGUAGCAAAUUUCCAGAAAAUGUCAUGCAAGAGACAACCAAGAUGGUGUCUAUCAACUUGUUCAGAAACCUAACUAUUCCACCUCGAGAACACAUGGUUUUGGAAAAAAUUGAUGCAGAAGAGGAAGAGCCUGUAAUGGAUCCAGCAUGGCCUCACUUGCAGGUUGUCUAUGAGUUUUUUCUACGGUUUGUUGCAUCUCCUGAGACUGAUGCUAAGUUGGCAAAAAGGUAUAUAGAUCAUUCCUUUGUUCUUAAGCUCCUUGAUCUAUUUGAUUCUGAAGAUCCUAGAGAGAGGGAGUACUUAAAGACGAUACUGCAUCGUAUCUAUGGAAAAUUUAUGGUGCACCGACCCUACAUCAGAAAAGCUAUAAACAACAUAUUUUAUCGUUUUAUCUUUGAGACAGAAAAACACAAUGGGAUUGCUGAGCUAUUGGAGAUUUUAGGAAGUAUCAUCAGUGGGUUUGCAUUGCCAUUAAAAGAAGAGCAUAAAUUAUUCCUUGUACGGGCCCUGAUCCCACUUCACAAGCCAAGGUGCAUAGCAAUGUACCAUCAGCAAUUAUCAUAUUGCGUAACCCAAUUUAUUGAGAAGGAUUGCAAACUUGCUGAUACUGUUAUAAGGGGCUUAUUGAAAUACUGGCCUCUUACAAACAGUACAAAAGAAGUCAUGUUCUUGGGAGAGUUAGAAGAGGUUCUAGAAGCUACUCAGCCUGCAGAUUUUCAACGAUGCAUGGUUCCACUUUUCUACAAGAUUGCUCGAUGUUUGAACAGUUCUCACUUUCAGGUGGCAGAAAGAGCAUUGUUCCUUUGGAAUAAUGAUCAUAUUGAGAACUUGAUUAAACAGAACAACAAGGUCAUACUACCUAUCAUCUUUCCUGCAUUGGAGAGAAACUCAAAGAGCCACUGGAAUCAAGCUGUUCAAAGUCUCACACUCAACGUUCGCAAGAUUUUCUCCAGUCAUGAUCCUGAUCUAGUAGCCGAGUGCUUGAAGAAGUUUGAGGAAGAUGAAGCAAAAAACAAUGAGAUUAUUUCAAAACACGAAGCAACAUGGAAGCGCCUCGAAGAAGUUGCUGCUUCAAAUGCUGCAAAGGGGUAACCCCUCCCCACAUUGUACCACAUUGAAUUUCCUCUAGAUGAUAUCGUUGUUAUGUGGUAGCUCAGCAUACUUAAUCAGACAUGGUUAUGCGUAUUGAUAUCGAUGUCCACAGUGUUAUCUCACCCAACUACUUCCACAUUGGCUGAUUUUGCCCAAUACUUUGGGAUCUAGAAUACAGGCCUAAAUGGUCAAUAGAGCGAUUGGAGAAGAGAAGAAAAGAUGUCAAAUCUGGGAGCCAACCAAUUAUUACUGGAGGAAGAGCUGGAAUGAUUAAAUUUGAUGGUGAUAUGCAAAAUUGCAGGCUUCUGUUUUGCCACUUGCUGUAUUCUGAGUUGUUUACAACUUGUUUAGUGUUUUUAUUGAAGCAGUUUUUAUUUCUUGUGAAUGUGGCCAUGGUUAAGGUUCUUGAAUGAAUUUGAUACCUUUUUCUGUUGUUA